AUGAAGGAGGAGGAGGAGGAGGAGGAGGACGAGGAGGAGGAGGAGGAGGAGGACGACGACGACGACGACGACGACGACGACGAAAACAACCAGCUGGUCUUCCUGGAUGUCCUCGUAUGUCACAAGGAUUGUGGUAGAAUAAAGACCAAAGUGUUCAGGUAAGCGACAAAUACGAUGCAAAUACUGAACUUCAACAGCAAUCACCCAAUCAGCCACAAACGCAGUUGUGUAAGGACACAAUAUCGGCAUGUCGAAACGCAUUGCAGUGAGUCGGAAGACAAGAUUGCCGAACUACAAUACCUCCGAGGGGUCUUCAAAGCUAAUGGCUACCCGCGCAACUUUGUCAACCGAUGGAUACACAAAAAGGGACGAGAGGACUAACUGCGCGAUCACCAAAUCUUGGCGGGCGUUUCCAUAUGUCAAGAACGUUUCGGAAGCUGUCGGUCGCCUUCUCGCACCACUUGGGGUUGGAGUUGCACACCUACCGGAGGCAACCAUCAGGAGUCAGGUACUGAAACCGAAAGACCCACUGCCACGACAAGAAACGUCUGGAGUCGUUUAUCGGAUCUGGUGCAGUCGCGGACAAGACAACUACGUCGGCGAAACCGGAAGACAGCUCCGAAGGCAACUGGUCAAACACGCUGCAGCGGUGCGAUGACAUGACGCCAGCUCUCAAGUUGCAGCUCAUUCGACGGCGAUCCGGCAACACAUUCAAAUUCGAAGAGGCCAAAAUUCUCGCCACAGGUGACAACCGCGUGGGCCGUGAGCUGCUUGAGUUAUGGUUUACUGGCCCCCAGUACGUUGAUAAUUACGACGAACUUCUCCUUCAUACGCGGUGCUUAGACUUCGCCUAG